UGGACGGGGUUUCUACUUUCCAUUACGCACCUCAAUAUGGCAAGAAGAAAGGAUUCAAGAUAAUAACGGUACGGCGAACAAACAAUAAUCCGGCAGCAACCAGACACCGACGGCCGACGGCGAUGGCAUCGAUGAGCUUCGCCGCCGUGGUACAGCCGUUGCUGAAAAGAGCAGUUCAAGCAAUACCCAAUUCUAGCUUCACCAUCGUCAACCAUAAGUUUCCUCCCUCCUUAUUCCAUGCCCCUUUGAUUUCUUCAGGUAUUACUAUUGGUAUAUGUCAUUUGGCACAAGCUGUAAAGGGUGAUAAUGAGAUUUUACUCAAGGGAGUUGGUGAAAAGGGCUACAAUGAAGAAGUGAAGCAUAUUAUUGAAAUGGCAAAACGGGCAUCGUUAAGACGUGAAGUUCUCCAUACGGAUUUUCUGACCCCACCGGUGGUAAAGGAGUCGAUGAUGAUUAUAGAAAAACUAGCGGAUGUCAAAACAUUAGUCCAAGGAGGCUACCCUGAGGCUGAACGUUGUCGGCUAUCUGUUGGACAUCCCGAAGCAUUGACAACCGAGCCCGAUAUUGUGGCGGCAUUAAGUAUUUCAGGGAACUUUGGUUUUCAACCUUGUUCCCAUGGCGAUUUUCUUGGAGCUAUUCUUGGCACAGGGAUUGUAAGAGAUAAAUUGGGGGAUAUUCUUUUGCAGGGUGAAAAGGGAGCUCACGUUCUUGUUAUUCCAGAACUAGUCGACUUCCUCACUAUAUCACUCGAUAAGGUUGGGAACGUACCUGUGACGUGUAAGAAGAUGCCAUUGAUUGCCCUUGAAUACGAACCACCAAGGACUAAAACGUUCAAAACUGUAGAAGCGUCUAUGAGGAUUGACUCCAUAGCAAGUGCGGGAUUCAAGAUCUCGAGAUCAAAACUAGUUGGCUUGAUCAGUGACGGGGAUGUGCGCGUUAAUUGGGUGACUGUCACGAAGAAUAACACGACUAUAAGGAGCGGAGACAUGAUUUCUGUAAGUGGGAAAGGAAGAUUGAAGAUAGGGGAAGUGAACGAAACCAAGAAGGGGAAGUUUGCAGUCGAGCUCAUACGAUUUCUAUGACUUCAAUCCAUAUUUCGUGAUCGGGUCUUCAUAGAUGGAAGGUUUGUUGACCAUAUGACUACCAUUCGUUAGAUUUUUGGUUUGACGUUAUAUUGCGCCAACGGAUUAUGUAAAAUUACGACAAAUUGUCGUGAGUUUGAAUCUUUCCGAAGACAUUUGUGUGUGCCUUUGGUAGUACCCGUUGAUUGAUCUUAUGUAGUGCGUGAUUUGGGUUUUUCUUCAAACUAUUAGAACGUGUGCCGUU